CGCCACGAAUUCCGUUUGGAGGCAUCUUUGAGCUUGCGGAGUGGACACCAUGAGCAAAGCUCACCCUCCCGAGUUGAAAAAAUUUAUGGACAAGAAAUUGUCAUUGAAAUUAAAUGGUGGCAGGCAUGUCCAAGGAAUAUUGCGGGGGUUCGAUCCGUUUAUGAAUCUUGUGAUAGAUGAAUGUGUGGAGAUGGCAACUAGUGGGCAACAGAACAAUAUUGGAAUGGUGGUAAUACGAGGAAAUAGUAUCAUCAUGUUAGAAGCCUUGGAGCGAGUAUAAACAAUGGGUGUGUUCAUCAGAAGAAAUCAACUGCUUCCACAUGUCCCCUCCAUAGUACCUGUUUUACUACAAUAUAAAAAUCAGGUCGUGUGCAUUUUCAUACUGAACUUUUUUGUUAAAUAAACUUUUAUAAUAGUCAAAAAAAA